AAACUCUCUCUCUCCCUCUCUCUCUCUCUCUCUCUCUCUCUUAAAUUUUAUUUAUUUUCUGCUGUUGUUGUUCAACGGAGUUCUACUACUACUUCUUCUACUUGAAUUUGUCUUCUUCUUCUUCGUUGCUUUCUGUCGUUUAACGAGUAAUUACACCGACACCAAAAGUUGAUCAGAACCCCAGAGGCCAAAGAGGAAGAGGGAAUCGAUCUCAGGAAGGUGAAUCCAAUCUCUGAUUUCGGAUUCAGAGUUAAAUACUCUCCACCACUCGAGCAACAAGUCCUCCUGCCGACACCUAUUAUGCUGGUUAUUCGGUCAAGACUUGGUCUCUACACUACCCGAUGAGAAAAUUUGAAUCAUUUCUCUCAUCAUGAAAAAUUAUAUGAUUCUGAUCUAUUGAUUUCUUGACCUAGCUAUUUGAAGGCACUAGCUUGUCCCUUAAAGAGGCACCCAUCAAAGUGGCAUUUUACUCAUGAUCUAUCUAUUUGUUAAGAACUUGUAGAGUCUAAAGCUAGAAAGAGGAAAAGAAGAGGAAGAUACAAACCUGGAGUUUAAGUAGUAAACAGUACAAAUUACCAACUGCGCUAUGAUGGAGUCAAUCGAGUGUACUGUCCCACCCGGUUUCCGCUUUCAUCCGACGGAUGAAGAGCUCGUCGGGUACUAUCUUAGAAAGAAAGUUGCCUCCCAGAAGAUCGAUCUUGAUGUCAUCAGAGACAUUGAUCUCUACAGAAUCGAACCAUGGGAUCUUCAAGAGAGAUGUCGGAUCGGGUAUGAAGAGCAGAACGAGUGGUACUUCUUUAGCCACAAAGACAAGAAGUAUCCAACUGGGACAAGGACCAACAGAGCAACCAUGGCUGGGUUCUGGAAGGCAACGGGUCGAGACAAAUCAGUAUACGAUAAGGCAAAACUGAUCGGGAUGAGGAAAACUCUUGUCUUCUACAAAGGAAGGGCUCCAAAUGGACAGAAGACUGAUUGGAUCAUGCACGAAUACAGACUCGAAUCUGACGAAAAUGGACCUCCGCAGGAAGAAGGAUGGGUGGUAUGCAGAGCAUUCAAGAAGAGAAUCAGUAGCCAAAACAAAAGCAUUGAAGGCUGGGACUCAAGCUACUUCUACGAAGAACUUAACGGUCUCACUUCCGUCGCUGAUCCAACGGAUUUUAUGAUCUCGAGGCAGCCCCAGAGCUUUUUAAGCCAGAAUUUCAUGUGCAAGCAAGAGACAGAAGCUGAUAGUUUGAACUUCCUGCACUCUGAUCCGUUUGUCCAGCUUCCUCAGCUUGAGAGCCCGUCUCUUCCCUUAAUAAAGCGGCCGACCUCAAUGUCCCUUAUCUCUGAGAACAAUACUGAGUUAGAAGACGAGCAAAGUAUUCGAGGGUGUAACAAUGCGGAGAAGGUUACUGACUGGAGGGCUCUGGACAAGUUUGUGGCUUCACAGCUGAGUCAAGAGGAGAGGUAUGAAGGUGAUGGAGAGGCAAGCUUUGGUGCACAUGAUGAAUCAGAUAUGUCAUUGUUGUUGUUGCAGAGUAGUAGUGCUAGAGAUGAUGAUGAUCAAGUGGAGAACAAGUUAAAUGGGUUCCUGAAUUCGAGUCCUGACUGUGAUAUUGGGAUAUGCAUAUUUGAAAAAUAAUGAAGCAAGAGGGACAACACUUGGGGGAAGGUAAUUUUAUUGUUACGCACGUAGGUAUUAUAAAUGGUAUAAGGGUUGAUGAAUGUCGAUCCUAAGACAUAUUUUUGUAAAAAUAUGCUUGUGAGUGGAUUUCUCUCUCUUUUCACACACACAAGGUUUUAUAUAUGUAACUAUGAGUACAUCUCGCGAAAAAUUAUUGUAUGGUAUUGAAACACAUUUACAUAAUAAAAUCAACUUAUUACCUAUUA